UCGCGCGCCCAACGGACUAGGCUAAAGCCGUGAGGUAACUGUUGCAGCCCGCGGGAGCUGGGAGGAAACACCAAAGCUCCAGUCCCGAGAAGUGCCCGAGGGAAAAGGAGGGGGUCCUGCCGCAGCGGUCCCAGGCAGAAGCCCCUUCCGCCCCUCUCCUCAGCCAGCAUGUCGCGGACCCCGCCGGACCCUGGGCCACGGCGGUGGGCGCAGCCCUGACGCGCUGCUGAGCCGGGGGGCUCCUCGAGCGCGGGGGCCAGGCGGGAAGGAGCGCGAGCUGCAGCUGCGGUCCGAGCGGGGCGUGCCGAACCCCUGCGGCCACCCCGCGUCCCGGCCAUGAGGAGGGACGAGCGAGACGCCAAAGCCAUGCGGUAUCCGCAGCCGCCGGACGGGGCCGGCUCGCCCCUCGAGAGUCUGAGGAACGGCUACGUGAAGGGCUGCGUGAGCCCCCUGCGGCAGGACCCCCCGCGCGGCUUCUUCUUCCACCUCUGCCGCUUCUGCAACGUGGAGCUGUUGCUGCCGCCGCCGCCGCCGGCCUCCCCCCAGCAGCCGCGGCGCGGCUCUCACUUCUCCCGGGCGCGCCUCUCGCUGGGCGCCCUGGCCGCCUUUGUCCUCGCCCUGCUGCUCGGCUCGGGGCCCGAGAGCUGGGCUGUCGGGGCCGCCCGGCUGCGGACCCUGCUGAGCGUCUGCUCGCACAGCCUCAGCCCCCUCUUCAGCAUCGCCUGUGCCUUCUUCUUCCUCACCUGCUUCCUGACCCAGACCAAGCGGGACCCCGGGCCGGGCCGGAGCGGUGGCGGCUCCUGGUGGCUGUUGGCGCUGCCCGCCUGCUGUUACCUGGGGGACUUCUUGGUGGGGCAGUGGGGGUCUUGGUCUUGGGGGGACGGAGACGCCGGGGUCCGGGCCCCGCACACGCCCCCGGCGGUGGCCGGCAGGCUGUUCUUGGUGCUGAGCUGCGUGGGCUUGCUGACGCUCGCGCAGCCGGGGAGGCUCCGGCACAGCAUCCUGGUGCUGCUCUUCUCCGGCUUCGUCUGGUGGGUGUCCUUCACCAGCCUCGGGGCGCUGCCUCCAGCCCUCCGGCCGCUGCUGUCCUGCCUGGUGGGGGGCGUCGGCUGCCUGCUGGCCCUGGGGCUGGAUCACUUCUUCCAAAUCAGGGAAGCUCCCCAUCAUCCUCGGUUGUCCGGUACCGCGGAGGAAAAAGUGCCUGUGAUCAGACCCCGGAGGAGGUCCAGCUGCGUGUCGUUCGGAGAAACUUCAGCCAGUUACUAUGGCAGUUGCAGAAUGUUCAGGAGACCUUCAUUGCCUUGCAUUUCGAGAGAACAGAUGAUUCUUUGGGAUUGGGACUUAAAGCAGUGGUAUAAACCUCACUACCAGAAUUCUGGAGGUGGAAGCGGAGUUGAUCUUUCGGUGCUAAAUGAGGCUCGUAAUAUGGUGUCAGAUCUUCUGGUUGACCCAACCCUUCCCCCGCAAGUCAUUUCUUCCCUCCGGAGUAUCAGUAGCUUGAUGGGUGCUUUCUCUGGCUCCUGUAGGCCAAAGAUUAAUCCUCUCACACCAUUUCCUGGAUUUUAUCACUGCUCUGAAAUAGAGGACCCAGCCGACAAAGGAGAUAGAAAACUUCACAAGGGGCUAAACAGUAGGAAUAGUUUAUCAACCCCACAGCUGAGAAGGAGCUCGGGAACCUCAGGUCUGCCACCUAUCGACCAGACUUCUCCAAGGUGGGAACGCAAUAAUGGCAAAAGGCCUCACCAAGAAUUUGGCAUUUUAAGUCAAGGAUGCUAUCUAAAUGGACCUUUUAGUUCAAAUCUACUGACAAUCCCGAAGCAAAGGUCAUCUUCUGUAUCGUUAACUCACCAUAUAGGUCUAAGAAGAGCUGGUGCUUUACCCGGCCUGAAUUCUCCCAGUCAUGGACCAAUGUCUCCUGGCUCUCCAACUAACCGAUCGCCUGUAGAAUUUCCUGACACUGCUGAUUUUCUUACUAAGCCAAGUGUUAUUUUACACAGAUCUCUGAGCAAUGCACCCAAUUCACCAGAUUUUUAUCAGCAACUUAGAAAUUCUGAUAGCAAUUUAUGUAACAGCUGUGGACAUCAAAUAUUGAAAUAUGCUUCAGCAUCUGAACCAGAGUCUGGUACAGACUGCCACAGGGAAAAGUCAGGUGAUGAAGACAAUACCGUUUUCUCAAAAGCAUCAUUCAACCUUACGGAAGCUCAACAAGCAGUGGAAACAGAGAACAGAGACUGCAGAAAAUUACUUUGGGAAGGUGAUAAUCACCUGAAAGAAGAGGCACAGAAUGAAGAGCAACCAAAUAUUGAACAAGAAGCAUUAUGGGACCUGAUUUUAAUAGAAGAUUAUGACUCAUUAAUAGAAAAUAUGAGUAACUGGAAUUUUCAAAUUUUUGAACUUGUAGAAAAGAUGGGAGAGAAAUCAGGAAGGAUCCUCAGUCAGGUUAUGUAUACCCUAUUUCAAGACACUGGCUUAUUGGAGAUAUUUAAAAUCCCUACUCUACAAUUCAUGAACUACUUUCGUGCGUUAGAAAAUGGUUAUCGAGACAUUCCUUAUCACAAUCGUAUACAUGCCACAGAUGUCCUACAUGCUGUUUGGUAUCUGACAACACGGCCAAUUCCUGGUUUCCAGCAGAUCCACAAUGAUCAUGGAGCGGGAAAUGAAACAGAUUCUAACGGUAGAAUUAACCCUGGGCGAAUUGCUUACAUUUCUUCGAGGAGUUGCUCUAUUCCAGAUGAGAGCUAUGGCUGCCUGUCUUCAAACAUUCCUGCAUUGGAAUUGAUGGCUCUGUACGUGGCAGCUGCCAUGCAUGAUUACGACCACCCAGGGCGGACAAAUGCAUUUCUAGUGGCUACAAAUGCCCCUCAGGCAGUUUUGUACAACGACAGAUCUGUUCUGGAAAAUCAUCACGCUGCAUCAGCCUGGAAUCUGUAUCUUUCUCGUCCAGAAUACAACUUCCUUCUUAAUCUUGAUAAUGUGCAAUUCAAGCGCUUUCGUUUUUUAGUCAUUGAAGCAAUCCUUGCCACAGAUCUUAAAAAGCAUUUUGAUUUCCUUGCUGAAUUCAAUGCCAAGGCCAAUGAUAUAAACAGUAAUGGUAUAGAAUGGAGUAAUGAAAAUGAUCGCCUGUUAGUAUGCCAGGUGUGCAUCAAACUGGCAGAUAUAAAUGGCCCAACAAAAGUUCGAGACUUGCAUUUGAAAUGGACAGAAGGCAUUGUCAAUGAAUUUUAUGAGCAGGGAGAUGAAGAAGCAAAUCUUGGUUUGCCCAUCAGUCCCUUCAUGGAUCGUUCUUCUCCUCAACUAGCAAAACUCCAGGAAUCUUUUAUCACUCACAUAGUGGGUCCCCUGUGUAACUCCUAUGAUGCUGCUGGUUUGCUACCGGGUCAGUGGAUAGAAGCAGAAGAGGAUGAUGAUACUGAAAGUUGUUAUGAUGAAGAAGAUGGUGAAGAAUUAGAUACAGAGGAUGAAGAAAUAGAAGACAACCUAAAUCCUAAACCACAAAGAAGGAAAGGCAGACGGCGAAUACUUUGUCAGCUAAUGCACCAUCUCACCGAAAACCACAAGAUAUGGAAGGAAAUCAUAGAGGAAGAAGAGAAAUGUAAAGCUGAUGGGAAUAAACUGCAGGUGGAGAAUUCUUCCUUACCUCAAGGAGAUGAGAUUCAGGUCAUUGAAGAAGCAGAUGAAGAGGAAGAGAGACAGUUGGAAUAAAAGAAAAGGCAUAUUGAGGAAGCCCUGAGGGCCGUGCUCAGUGUCGACGUCAUUGCCUAGUGCUCACCAUGCUGACUUGGAAUCGAUUGUACCUAGGUGGACAGGCCCUAACACUGUGAGAGGAUCCCUGCUGUGCUGGCAGUUUCCCACUCCCAUGCACUUUCACCACAUGGACUAAAAGUAUCCUUAGAGCUUGGUUUCAGUUGACUUGUGUUGCCAAGCCCUUACUUAAUGCCUUUACUGGUGUCAUAAUACUGCUUUGCUGGCUAGAAGGCCCCUCUUAUUUUUCAUGAGGGGGGAGCUAUAACUAAAAACUCAAGUGACUCACUUUAGUUUCCUAAGUGGCCAGAGCUUUUUCCUUUCUUGAAGACAG